GAGGGAGGGCUCUAUGAAGAGUGCACAGCGAGCUGUGAAUAUUGUUCGGUGUGAAGUUGAGUAAAUUACUGUAUUGCUGCAGAUCUCAAGGGAAGUGAUUCCCUUUCAAAUCACACCUUCUGCUUUAUUUUCGGUGCGUUCAACACUGCUUAAACGGCUACUGGACUAUCAUCAAAACGUUAUUUACAACUAUCACAUGAUGCUGCAUUGUAUGUCAAGUUGUAACUUCAGGCUAUAGGCAUGGCGUCUUCCGGAUAGUGUGAAAUCGCAGAGGCUCUAAUUGAAGACAUUUCUUCAUAAGUGUUUGAUGCAUAAUAGAAGUGGAAAUCAGUAAGUUGUGGAGGAGGUCAACCGCACACAUGUUGCAACUAAGCGCAACUUUCGAUUUGCAGCAGGAUGUGGUGUCAAGUAUAUUUAAGAAAGAGGCGACUGUAGGAAUAAUCAAAGAAUACUCAGGGAUCGUUGACACUCGGAUCCUCAACAUUGAAAGGGAUGGAGGAGUCCUCUACUCCUGGAAAGGGGAAACCGGGACCACCAGGAUCGGGAAAUACGACCCCAAUACCAGACAGAAUAAGCUCCUCUACACAUUUGACAAGCAGGUGUGUGUCAGCAGCUGUUCUCUGAAUAAGGAGGAGACUCUGCUGGCGGUCAGUUUGGCACAGAGGUCAAGAACAGAGGAGCGCCUCAGACCAGUUUCAAAAUGUCUGACCCUCCUCAUUGAGAUCCAUCCCAUUAACAACACUAAGGUCCUGAAGGCUGUCGACUGCCGGGUCAGAGUUCAGUUCCUCCAUCCAGACACAGAGAGGGACUCGGUGCUGGAGAGUCACCUGCUGCUGGUAGCAGAAGAUGGCUAUGUGGAGCAGCUCCAUGUGAUGCUGGUCAGACAAGAGGGUUACAGAGUGGUGAUGUUGAGCCCAGAGUGCCUGGCCAAAGACAGGGUGGCAGAGGAGUUCAGCUGGGUCCAGUGGGACAGCCAGACACAGAGACUCUUCUAUCUCACACACAGGGAAAAAGCUGUGCUGAAAUGUGUGCAAUUCGUCCAUGACCGCGACUGUGAGACCUUGUUUGAGCUUGUACUGGAGUUGCCCUCUAACCCUUUCACCUGUAUGAGGUUUGUUAACCUGGGCUUUGACCAUCACCAAGAGACGCAGCAGGAACGGGAGGAGAUGAGGAUGGUGGUGAUCACCAAUAACACAGGCAGUAUGUGUGUGUGUUACAGCCAGCCUGCUUGUGUCAACCAGGAGAUCACAUACACCAUAGUCCUGGUGCACAGAGGCUGCAGUAAAACGUUCUCAGUGGCUCUGGAUGGCACCCCUAGUCCAUGUAGUACAGAUCUCCUCCCUCUCUUCAUCCCUAUAGGUUACUACGUGGUAGUCUACCUGUCUGGUCACUUCCUGCACUGCAUCAACACCAGGCAACAGGAGCUGCUCUGCCACAGCCUCUUCCUCUCAGGUGUUGAUGCAGAGCUGGGUGUGUUGGGAUCAGACAGUGUGGUGUUGUCUCUACCCGAGUCCUCUCUGCUGGACCUGAACACAGGCAGGAUGUACACUGUAGACCUCAACCCCUCCUUCCUCAUGGACCUACUGCACUGCAGCCACAGGAGACCUGACGCUCAACGCCUGGCUGCCCUGCACUGUCUGCUGCUCUACAUGGGACCCAACGCUGCACUAGAACUGAAGAUCAUAGAUUGGAUCUGUGACAAUGUCAUGCCGUUCGACACCUUCGAUCAAAUUCAGGAAUUUAUUCUGGCGUCACUGUACAGGAUCAUCUAUAAGAAGUGUCUCAGUCUGGAUGAAGUCCUACCCUACUCCUCUGUGUUUGAGAAGAAGAAGGUACCUGAGGCUCUAGACCAGGUCCCCGGUGUCACCUGCACCACAGAGCUCCAUGCUGAACCAGUGUUCAAAGGAAAGAUGUUUGGUGAUGUUUGGCUGCAGGCCAGGAGUCUCCAUGGUUAUUGGGAAGAGCUGCAGUGGAGCACAGAAAAGAUGAAGUACUUUGAGGCGGUUCCAAACCCACGAUACAGAGCAUCUCAGAACCUGCCAGACUGGACCAAGCUGCUCACUACCCUGAAGUCAAAGAACAAGAAGGCUUCUAACUAUCUACGUCACAUUGAGGAGAACACUAAACAAGUUCUGUCGAAGGUGGACAGCUGGAAUCUUGAUCAGAAAGUGGUUCUGUUGUUCCAGGAGGAGGAUAGCCAGCAGAGGGCGCUCAUAGGCCUGAUGGUGGACAAGCUGAGAGAGCACCUCAACAGACACCUGCCUCGUCUGGGGAAGAAGAAGAUCGACGUGCUGGUGGUGAACUACGUGGCCAAGCUGCUGGAGCUGAUCAUACACAUGCUGGAGUCUUUGUGGCUGAAGUACAAACUAGGCCCUCUGGUGCUGUGCUUAAGGCAACAGGGCAGUCCAGCGGAGUGGACCGUGUUUCACGUGAUGUGUCGGAUACUGGAGGCUACAAAGACUCUGUGUCUCCCCCUCCCUCCUGGGUAUCACACUCUACUGUCCGUGUUGGGGGUUCGCUGUCUCCCCAGACACACCUUCCUGCAGUACGUUGACCAUGGUGUGCUGCAGCUCACCGAGACCUUCGUCUCACGACUCAUGACAGAUCUAGACAACAGUGAUGCCAACGAGGAGCUGAAGUUCAGCAUUGUGAAGAGACUACCAGAGUCCAUGGAGCAGAGGAUCUGUCACCUGUGGGAUCACCCCAUCAGUUCAGCCUGUAUCUCCAGAGACUAUGUCAGAGGCCUGCUGGAGAAACACGCCAAAACCAAAGGUUCUAUGUUCAUGGAGAGAGACGAGCCUGGCUUCAGGCCUGAGUUCCUGCCUCUCACCUUCCUGACCAAAAUUCUGUUGGAUGUGGAAGACCGAGCUCUGAACCCUUUUGAGGAGCAGGAGAAUGUGGAUGCCAGGUUUGUGGAGGAGACGGCUCUGAAACAGACUCUGAUCCUGAUGGGCUUCCAGGACAAGUGAGGGAGGGAGAGACCGAGACCAGAUGGAUGAGGCUCUUACAGUAAGAAGGGAGGUUCUCUGGAAGGUGUCUGAAUUACCACAACAUGUCCUGUAUGAUGUCUGUAUAUUUCCAUUCCUGAGGAACUGAUGCAUGGUCAGAUUUCAGGAAUAACACCGUUAUGUGGAAUCCAGGAAAUGUGUUGAUCAGGUACAAUAAUAAACAGGAAAAGGGAUUUUUGUUGUCAUGUUUACACGUGUAAAGCCAUAUUGUAUCAAUGAAACUCUAAAUAAAAUAUUUGUUGCUAACAA